AUGCCUCGCGCUUCCUCAUCACCUGCACUCUCUUACUUACCUGGCAAUAAUGCUUGGCUGACUAAUAAUUAUCCGACACCUGAUAAUACUCAAUCCCCGCCAGCAAAUAAUUCCUCUCAACCAACAAGUCCUCAAAAUAAUGUAUCUAAUUCUCAACAAAAUAACCCUCGAAUUAUGACUAGAGAUUCUAGUUUUUUAUCUGACCUUCCUUCAGGUGGGUUUUUCUCUGAAGAACCUUUACUAGGGAGUACUACUUCGAUCCCUCCCUUUCCUCACGAUUUAAGUGAUACGUUUCCAAAUACUCCACCAGAUGUUCAAACUACUUCCGCCCCUGGUUCGGGCCUUUUAAAUGUUGAUGAUAGGUUAAUCAUGAAUCCUGACUCUCACGUAGAUCAAUUAAAUAUGCCAACUACAGGUCUUGUUGAAGCUGAUUGGAAUUUAUUAUCAUCUCAAUAUCAUGAAAAUGAUUAUUUUCAUAUUUUAGAUAAUACUCAUUUAAAUGACUUAUCUAUUUCAAGUCAUAUUGGAUAUGAUAAUGUUUUAUAUAAUGUCGGUCAAAAUAAUGAUUCUUUAUUUUUUGAAAAAUCUAUCUUAAAUUCUGAUGUUGAAAAUUCAAAAUAUAAUAAUAUUGGUUUUUCUGAGUCAUAUGAAGAUGAACCCAUUUUCGUUAAUCAGGUUAGCGACUCGUUACGUAGGCAAAGUAAUUAUUUUCAAAAUAUGUCUACUAUGUUUUCAACUAUGGAAUUUGCAAAAGUGGAUCCACAAAGUGAUGAUGAUAUCACAAUUCCUCCUACAACUGUUUCUGAAACGAAACGUAAUAUGCGACCAAGUGGAAAACGAUCAAAAAAACGUCGACGUAAAUAUCCUCUUCGUUCAAGGUCUCAUUCGGCAACAGAGAACGAAGCUGACGUUGAUGAUAUUUCCAAUUCCAAUUCUGGCCAUGGUCGUCAAUUAGAAUCUGAUGAAUUUACUCAUGAAUUAUCUCCAGUACAAAGUGAUAGAGAAGAAUCCCUUGAAAGCAUUUCUAGUAUUGCUGAAGAUGUAACUAACUAUUCACAAAACACUCAAACUUCUUCUAUUAAACAUAAUCUUCGUUCAAGAAAGCCUGUCUCUUAUACUAAAUAUUCUGGUGCUAAAUCCGCUGCGUCUACACGUGCAAAAAGAAUUAAAACUUCUCCAAAAAUUUCUUCUCAAAAAGUUUCUUCUAAUAAUAAUGUUAAGAGUACUCCAAGACGUAAAUAUAAUAGACGUAAACCCACAAAAUCAUCAAAAUUAGUAAAAUCUACAAAACCAUCAAAAUUAGUAAAAUCUACAAAACCUACAAAAAAUACAAAUCCUACUUAUAAUC